AUGAUGACGGUGAACCCGAACAAGGAAUGUCUUUGGCAAGCCAUCGGGGCUGGUCGCAAUUUUGGCUCAAGGUUCCAAGGGGCCGUCGCCGGCCUCCCAGGGCUCGCCUCGGGCGUCUCUCAUUCCUCUCAGGUCCGCACAUCUGCAGACGGCAUGAUGCGCCUGCGCACGUCUCACAGCGUCGGCGCGCUGCUCCUGCUGCUGGCAGCGCGCGGCGCCCCGAGCGCCGGGUCGCCGGCGAGCGGGACGCUGGCCCGCCCGAGGUUGGAGGGCUCGGCGAACGGUCGCCCUCGCGAGCCGCAGGCCGAGUUCGGGAGGCGCCUGUCUACCAGCGACGCGCAGUUGCUCAAGCUCUUGGCGGGUGAUGGGGUCAAGAACGACAGGUUCGGAAUCUCGGUGGCCGUGAGCUCCGACGGGUCCCGCGUGGUGGUGGGGGCCGUUUACUACUACUACUACUACUACUACUACUACUACUACUACUACUACUACUACUACUACUACUACUACUACUACUACUACUACUACUACUACUACUACUACUACUACUACUACUACGAUGAGGAGGCCAAUACGUUUGGCUCCGCGUGCGUGCUCGACGGUACCACCGGCGAGAGGCUGCUCAAGCUUGUGGCGAGUGAUGGGCCCUUAGGCGACAGAUUCGGAAUCUCGGUGGCCGUGAGCUCCGACGGGGCCCGCGUGGUGGUGGGAAACGACAAGGACGUGCUCGACUCCGGCUCCGUGCACGUGGUCGACGGGGCCACCGGCGAGAGGCUGCUGAAGCUUGUGGCGAGUGAUGGGGCCGCAGGCGACAGAUUCGGUUACUCGGUGGCCGUGAGCUCCGACGGGGCCCGCGUGGUGGUGGGGGCCUACUAUGACGACGACCAGGGCACCAAUUCAGGCUCCGCGUACGUGCUCGACGGUACCACCGGCGCGAGGCUGCUGAAGCUUGCGGCGAGUGAUGGGGCUGCAGGCGACAGAUUCGGUUACUCUGUGGCCGUGAGCUCCGACGGGGCCCGCGUGGUGGCGGGGGCCUACCAAGACGACGACCAGGGCUCCACUUCCGGCUCCGUGUACGUGCUCGACGGGGCCACCGGCGAGAGGCUGUUGAAGCUUGUGGCGAGUGAUGGGGCUGCUUCCGACCUGUUCGGUUACUCGGUGGCCGUGAGCUCCGACGGGGCCCGCGUGGUGGUGGGGAGCAAAUAUGACGACGACCAGGGCUCCGGUUCCUGCUCCGCGUACGUGCUCGACGGUACCACCGGCGAGAGGCUGCUGAAGCUUGUGGCGAGUGAUGGGGCUGCAGGCGACAGAUUCGGUUACUCGGUGGCCGUGAGCUCCGACGGGGCCCGCGUGGUGGUGGGGGCCUACUAUGACGACGACUAG